GGUAGGGAGCAAGGCAGAAAGAAAAAAAAAACGAGAUGAAGGACUGAAUCUUUCCAUUCGAGAUAAAAGGCAGAGAAAAAUAAAGGACUUAAGUCUGAAGGCCGAGACCGUCGUUUGCACGUUCACACUGCUGCAUGAAGAGUGGCUCUCAGCCUCCUCUGGCGUGGCCGGGAGCUGAGUCCCGACAGCACGAGGUCCAGUGCCCGACGGUUCCAAAAGGAGGAGGGGAAACACACAGCACAAAACCCUUAAACCCUCAGCAGCUGCCCGUCCGCCGCCUUCGCAGGGACAGAGCGAGGCGACCCAGGGCAAGGCCAGUGUGCCCGGGACGACACGGCCCACGGGGCUCCUUCCGCCCCUCCAAGCCGGGGCGGGGGAGGAGCCGAGGAAUCGAAAGAGAAAACGGCGGGGCCGGCGCGAGGAUGGAGCUGCGGUGGCUGCUGUGGCUGCUGUGCUGCGGCGGCGGCGGUGGCGCGGGACCCGGCGCCGCCUUCACCCCGAGCCGGCCGCGGAGCCGCGAACGAGAGGCGGCCGCCUUCCGGGAAAGUCUUAAUAGACAUCGAUAUUUGAAUUCUUUGUUUCCUAGUGAAAACUCCACUGCCUUUUAUGGAAUAAAUAAGUUUUCUUAUUUGUUUCCUGAAGAGUUUAAAGCCAUUUAUUUAAGAAGCAAACCUUCCAGAGUUCCCAGAUACUCAGCAGGUGUACAACUGUCCAUCUCCAAUGUAUCUUUGCCAUUAAGAUUUGACUGGAGGGAAAAGCAUGUUGUGACGCAAGUGAGAAACCAGCAGACGUGUGGAGGAUGCUGGGCCUUCAGCGUGGUCGGUGCAGUGGAAUCCGCGUGUGCAAUUAAGGGGGAGCCUUUGGAAGACCUAAGCGUACAGCAAGUCAUCGACUGUUCUUAUAACAAUUAUGGCUGCAAUGGAGGCUCUACUCUCAAUGCUUUGAACUGGUUAAACGAGAUGCAGGUAAAACUGGUGAGAGAUUCAGAAUACCCUUUUAAAGCACAGAAUGGCCUGUGCCAUUACUUUUCUGGUUCACAUUUUGGAUUUUCAAUCAAAGGUUAUUAUGCAUAUGACUUCAGUGAGCAAGAAGAUGAAAUGGCGAAAGCACUUCUUACUUUUGGCCCUUUGGUAGUCAUAGUAGAUGCAGUAAGCUGGCAAGAUUACCUGGGAGGCAUAAUACAGCAUCAUUGCUCUAGUGGAGAAGCAAAUCAUGCAGUUCUCAUAACUGGGUUUGAUAAAACAGGAAGUACUCCAUAUUGGAUUGUGCGGAACUCAUGGGGAAGUUCGUGGGGAGUAGAUGGCUAUGCUCAUGUCAAAAUGGGGAGUAAUAUUUGUGGUAUUGCAGAUUUGGUUUCUGCUAUAUAUGUGUGACCUGUUAGGUAGAUGAAGAAACAAAUACAAAAAUAAAGGUUUUCAUAAUACAACGUAACAUAGUACUUCAAGUCUUAUUCAACUUCAGGCUGCAACAACUACCUACAAAAGAUUCUAGGACCCAGGAGUAUUUAAACUAAGUUGAAGAAUGUUUCCUUCUUAUGGAGAAAUGGACAACCAAAGUCUGUAAGAAGAACUCCAACAUCGCAGCCUGCAAGGAAAUCUGUGGACCUUCCACCCUGGGAGGAAGGUCAGAUUAGGAGAUAUUUUAGGUCCUUCCAGCUAGAAGACUCUAUUGUUUGGGUUUUUUUUUUUUUUCUUAUUGUUUGUUUGUUUAUUUCUCCUUAAUGAGAUUCUUCAGAUGGGAUCAAGGAGGUGAUAAGAAUUUAUUUUCUUUUCUGGGAUAUAAUCGCUAGCCUUAGAUUACCCCUCUAUACAGGAAUGGCCAACCUAAAAUUAUGUGUACCUUACACAAUUAUAUUAGCAGCCCUCUGGAAUGGAGUAUAGGAUUUGAAACACCAAAUGCUUUACCUCAACAAAUAGUGCUUAUCUUGAACAGCAAAGGGACAUGUAGAAGGAAACAAAGGCAUUGUUGUUCUAGUUUGUGUUGUUACUGUAUUGACUUUCUAUAGGAUAUAAAUGCUUUCUAUAGGAUAUAAAUACUGUUUUUCAAAGGCUAAAGGAUUUUUAACAUCUCAAAAUAAUUAAUAUCUCUCAGCUGUUCUGAAUUUUGAUGACUUUAUAAUAAAACAACCUAUGUUUGACUUUGGUUCAAAAAGAACCUGUUCUGAAGAGAAGCAGUUAAACUGAUAGAAACUGAAUGACCAAUAUGACAACUAUGUGUUCAGAAAUCUUUACUAGCAUUCACAAGAGGCAAGUUGUUCGGAAAUUUUCAUUGCUGAUAGGAAUCCAAUAGAUCUUAUUUCUUACUUUUCCCCCUAUAUUAGAGAAUAAAGUGUUUUGCCACAUUUUCUCAUCCUCUUUCUCUUUCUCUUAAUCGAGUUUUCUUAGUGAUUUGGCUUCCCUGACCAAAGAAUUAAUUCUCAUUUGUACUUUCUAGUUCUAUUUUUUAACCACUUCCUGGGCUCCCUUCAUCUCUAUGCCUUUAUCAACCUCUGACUCUCACCUUCUUCAUCCCAUGAUUUGUUAACACCAUUUUUUUUCAAAGUCCUAUCUCUUAACGUGGAGUGAUCAGCCCAAACGUGAGCUCCCCAGACUCUUUGUCCCAGUUUUCUGCUUGGUUUUCUGCGUCUUCAGUCCUAACCACUUCUUUGUGCACCCUUUUUGGCUUUCACUUGGCUCAGUCACGAUGCCUGUGACCUCUUGCGUCAUUAACUGUGUGAGUGAUUUCAGGUGCUGUGCUGUGAUUGCAGUUCUGAUUAACUUGCAUCCACAGCAGGGAUCAAUAAUCCUGUGCACAGAGAGGGGAGCUAUGUUCUGCUGAUACCCUGCAACCAGGAACAAAGCCACUUCUUAUAUAAGCAGUGGCCGGACCCUAGUACCAAAGAACUGGUCUUCUGAUUGAGUAUAAGUACAACCGUCUUAAAUGAGUUAAUACAAGGACAUCAUUUCAAGUACUACCUAUAUAAAUAUUACUUCUCUAAAAUUUGUCAUUAUUUUCUAAUGUAGAAGAUCUGAACAAUAAUAAAACUUCAUAAGCAGCGGAAACCACUAAAGAAAAUUCAAGGACAUCUCAUUUUUUCUCUGAUGUUUGCCCUUUAUCCUUCCUUUUGAUUAGAAAAACAAAAUCAAAGACAAAAUAUUGUAUUUAUUUUUGUACACCAGCCAGAACCAAUCUCAAAAGAAUGUGUGUUGACUCAGGUUUCGAGAUAUUCCAGGAAGACAUAUAUUGACAUUUUUGUUCUAGUUUGUGUUGUUACUGUACUGACUUUCUAUAGGAUAUAAAUGCUUUUGUAAUACCCUUUUUCAAAGGCUAAAGGAUUUUUAACAUCUCAAAAUGAUUAAUACCUCUCUGCUGUUCUGAAUUUUGAUGACUUUAUAAUAAAACAACCUGUGUUUGACUUUGGUUCAAAAA